UGACAAAGCAAACUAUAUAUCAUGCUACAAGAUUAUUAAACAAGUGAAGCAAUGAGACAAUACCAUAGACCGAAUGCAAGACGCUUUGUAAGUAAUAUUGCAAAAAGAACAUUUCGAGUUCUUAAUGCUUUUGAUGAUAGGUGGAAAGAAAAUUGAACGAAAUAUCAACAUCAAAAGGUAUAUUUGCGUGGACUGAAUGGAAGUGACUGAAGUGACUAAUGAAAAGCGUAAAUGAAUGGCGAUCAAACGAGGGACUCAGUCACUCCCAUGCUGUCCAUAGUCUAUCAUUUCUUCGGAUCAUGCAAAUAUAAUUUUAUACCCCCCGGCCCUAUUCACGUCAAAUUAUACUAUCCGUCCUAUUUUUCUCACCCAUGCCAUCACUAAGAGUUUUGUCCAAAGAUCAAGUUGAUCUCCUUUUGCAGCGAUCAAGCAAUCCCAAUGUUUCGUCAGAGCUUGAGAUCAUCAACCUUAUGGCUGAGAUCUUUUCUGCCUACAGCUUUUCACCGGAAAAGGUGCAAUCGCCACAUAGAGUUACCAUUCAGACUCCAAACCACACUGUGCUCUAUAUGCCAUCGCGUGUAGACGGUAUGGGUACCGCGAUGAAGGUGGUGAGUGUUCCCAAGAACGGCAAAGGAGGAUUGCCUUCAAAUAUUUUGGUCUUGGACGAAGAAACCGGCAACCUUCGUGCAGUGGUGAAUGCCGCAGCGUUGACGGCUAUCCGCACAGCGGCAGGCUCUGCACUGGCCACUAAGCUUCUCGCAUCCCCCAAUGCAUCUAAUUUGGUGGUGUUUGGAGCGGGAGCACAAGCUAUUGCACAUGUUGACUUACUCGUAGCUGUACGGCCAUCCAUCCGCCACGUUCAUGUGUGGAAUCGAUCCAAGGAACGUCUGGAGCCCGUUCUUAUCUUGUUGCGUGAGAAGCAUCCAUGCAUCACCUUCACCGGUUUGGUCGGCCAAGAUACAACUCUGGAGGAAGCUGUUCGAAACGCACACAUCAUAUGCACAUGCACCAAUAGCUAUGUACCCAUUUUCGACGGCCACUGGGUCCAGCCGGGAACUCACAUCAACAGUGUCGGCUCGUAUACGCUUGACAUGGAGGAAAUCGAUCAAACAACCGUUGGUCUUCCGCGCAAAAUUGUCGUAGACUCUCGAGACGCUUGUAAGAUAGAAGCUGGAGAGCACGUUAGAGCUGUCAACGAAGGCCAGCGCAACCCUGACACAGAUUGGGUGGAAGUUGGCGCCUUGGUCAAGCACCCCGAGCUCAUCAAGCAGGUCAGAGAAACGGAAGAUGAUGUUACUAUAUUCAAAAGUGUCGGUGUUAGUGCUCAAGACGUUGCCAUUGCUGAAAUGAUUGUGAGGCGAGCAGAGAAAGACAACAUUGGACAGAUGGUAGAAAACUAGAAGAUUUCGUAUAUAAUCGAUUUUUAUUGCAUAAAUUUGACAUGAAAUGAUAGCUAAUGCUACAAAGUUAAAACAAAUGAAGAUGGGUGUAUACAUCCUAAUUGUUUUCACUCUAAAGCUAAAAGUUCACCUACUGGAAAAGAAAUAAUCGUAUU